CCCUUUAAAAAACACUGUGUGCAUAAUAACUGUGUCCUUGUUUAAGUUCAAAAGAGCGUUUCAGCUGCUUUGCUGGUAUUUUGGUUAGAGGCAUCAUGGGGAGAGCUGUGGUGCAAAUCACACUCAUAGGACUCCUUUUUGCUUUGGCCUCCACACUGCCAAACAAGGAUGACUGGGACAUCUACAGCUUUCACAUCAACUCCACAGUGACCAGUCGUUAUGCCACCACUGUCAUCACAAGCCGUGUGGCCAAUCGUAUGGAUGAGUCAAAGGAAAUUGAAUUCCAUGUUCGGCUUCCCAAGAAUGCCUUCAUCAGUAAAUUUCGAAUGUUUAUCGAUGGCCAAGUUUAUGAUGGUGUUGUGAAAGCUAAGGAGCAAGCUCAGCAGCAGUACACUGAAGCUGUGUCCCGUGGUGAAAGUGCUGGACUUGUCAGUUCUGUAGGAAGGACUCUGGAGGAAUUUAAGACCUCAGUAACUGUGGCUGCUCACAAAAAGGUCACUUUUGAACUCACAUAUGAGGAACUGAUGAAACGCACACAUGGCAAGUACGAGCUGCAAAUCCAUGCUCGACCCAUGCAGCCUGUCAGAGACUUCAAGGUGGAUGUGCACAUUCACGAGGAAGCUGGCAUCAGUUUCAUUGAUGUGAAAGGAGGCCUGAGCACCAAAGCCCUCGCUAAUGCCAUCACCAAAACACAUGCAGAUAAACAGGCGUGGGUGUAUUUCUAUCCAACAGUCGACCAACAGAAAAUGUGUGACAGCUGUGGAGAUCAGGGUAUGAAUGGAGAUCUGGUUAUUGUUUAUGAUGUUAACAGGGACAAUGGACUGGGACACAUCAAGAAAUCUGACGGGUACUUUGUUCAUCAUUUUGCACCAUCUGAUCUUCCUCGGAUACCAAAAAAUGUCGUCUUUGUUAUUGAUCAAAGUGGCUCAAUGUACGGCAGAAAAAUUGAGCAGACGAGGAUCGCAUUAGUCCACAUUUUGAAUGAUCUGGCAGAAGAUGAUCACUUUGGUCUGAUCACUUUUGAUGACAGAAUUUCUUACUGGAAGCGAGAACUCGUUCAGGCCAACAGGAAAAACCUGGAAAGCGCCAAAAACUUUGCACGCAAUAUUCAAGACAGAGGAUCCACAGACAUAAAUGAAGCAGUGUUGCAAGGAGCACGUAUGCUGAAUGCACAUAACAGAGAAGGUUCAGCAUCUAUCCUUAUACUCCUCACAGAUGGAGACCCAACCUCAGGGGUGACAAAUCUGGAGAAUAUCCAGUCAAAUGUAAGACAGGCUAUUGCGGGCAAAUUCCCACUGUACUGUCUCGGUUUUGGUUUUGAUGUUAAUUUUAAUUUCCUUGAGAAAAUGUCGCUGCAAAAUAAUGGUGUGGCACGGCGGAUUUAUGAAGACUCUGAUGCUGAUUUACAGCUGAAGGGUUUCUAUGAAGAGGUGGCCACACCUCUACUGACAGAUGUGACAAUGAUCUAUGUGGGUGGGACCAAUCUAACCCAGACUUACUUCAGUCACUAUUAUAAUGGUUCUGAGAUUGUGGUGGCCGGUGAGAUCACAGAUAAUAACAUUGAAACCUUCACCCCUCAAGUUGUGGCCAUUUCAAGUAAUAGAAGAAUAAUAUUCUCUAACCCAAAUGAAACCGUGGAAUCCACUGGAACAGUGUCUGAUGAUCGUAUCCAGAGGGUUUGGGCGUACCUCACAGUUAAACAGCUUCUGGACAAAGAGCUUCAAUUAUCUGGACCUGAGAAAGAGAAAGUGAAGAAGGAAGCUAUGGAGCUGUCACUGAAGUACAGCUUUGUGACUCCUCUCACAUCUAUGGUGGUCACAAAGCCUCCAGGAGAGAACACAGAUGUGCUUCAUAAACCCAAGGAAGGUGAAACAUCACAGAGAUGGCCGUCGCCAGGAGGUCAACCCAAUUUAGCACACCUUACUCCUGCUAGUGGUUAUAGUGGGCGGUGGGUUCUUUCUGCUGAUUACGGCAUCGCCUAUGUUCUCGAAAAUCCAGAUUAUUCAGAGCCUGUUGAUGCCCCGAUUGACUUAACUGAUGCUCCUCUUCUCCACAGGUUUUUGCUCAACUCAACUGGGAAUCAGACUGUUCCACUCUGCUUUUACAUCAGUGGAGCUAUAAUCCUUAAACUAUUUCACCACCCCAGCAGAGACCUGUCUGUUAAUGGUGAGCUAGAUUCAAUUGCAAACGGAGGUUUCAGCAAAAUUUUUAUUCACAUCAAAACUCACCAGCAUGUUGAGGUUGACGCUGAAUCACAGAGGGUCACUGUACGAGAUGGACAGACAGUGACAUAUCAAGCUGCUGGACAGGAUCCCUCGACAGUUGGCAGUGUUACAGUGACUGUGUACAACACUGAAAUUCACAUUGCAGCUGAAGACAUUCUCCUGGUCAUCUCACAACAUGAGAAAAAUGGCCAAAGACUCCUUUGGCCAGUUUUAAGACAGCAACCCUCAACCAACAACACCGAAGGACUUUUAGCUGUAAAGCCAGCAGUGUAUGAGGUGGUGCAGCAAGUUCCUGUCACAAAACUAAAGAUUAAAAACCAAGAGACAGAUGUUACAAGUGACAGCGCUAUUGACUACAGCACCGACCCUCCUGUCACAAAGAACUGCUGGCUUAUGUCUGCUGACUCUGCCCUGCAGAGACCACUGGCAGAUUUUUUCAUGGCACAACUUUAAGUGUGAAUUAUGCUGAAUUACUAGAAAAUAUGUGGUUUAAAAGUAGAGAAAACAUUAUUAUUAUUAUUAUUAUUAUUAUUAAUAAUAAACUUAUUGUGGAAAAUGUCCUUCCACCUGUUAAAAUGAACAAAUAAAGUAUCCCAGAUUGCA